AUGACCUGUCCAGACAAGCCAGGGCAACUCAUAAACUGGUUCAUCUGCUCCUUGUGCGUCCCGAGGGCGCGUAAACUCUGGAGCAGCCGGCGUCCCAGGACCCGGAGGAACCUUCUGCUGGGCACUGCCUGUGCCAUCUACCUGGGCUUUCUGGUUAGCCAGGUGGGGCGGGCCUCAAUCCAGCACGGACAAGCAGCCGACAAGAGGCCACCUCGCAGCCGCGACUCUGCAGAGGCAUCCUUUCCUGAGAUCCCCCUGGAUGGCACCCUGGCUCCUCCUGAGUCCCAGGGCAAUGGGACCACCUUGCAGCCUAACGUGGUGUACAUUACCCUACGCUCCAAGCGCAGCAAGCCUGCCAAUAUCCGUGGCACUGUGAAACCCAAGCGCAGGAAGAAAUAUGCAGUUGCAUCUGGUAUCCCUGGUCAGGAAGCAUUGGUUGGACCAUCCUUUCAGACACAGGACGCUGCAAGGGCAGCUGAUGCUGAAGUGCUUGGGUAUGCUCAGGGAGGAAACCUGGCCAAGAUUGGAGAACCAUCCUGGAGGCUGGUGCGGGGCCCUGGAGUCCGAGCUGGGGUCUUAGACUUCCAGUUGCCCAAGGCCAGAGAGAGCAACAUCAGGAUCUACAGCGAGAGCGCCCCCUCGUGGCUGAGCAGAGAAGACAUCCACAGAAUGCGCCUGUUGGCAGAUGGUGCGGUGGCGGGAGUCCAGCCUGUGUCCUCAAGGAGUGGUGCCCGCCUGCUGGUGCUGGAAGGGAGCACAGCUGGCUCACUGCCUCGAUGUGGCCCUAGCCCCUGUGGCUUGCUCAAGCAGCCAUUGGACUUGAGUGAGGUGUUUGCCUUCCACCUGGAUAGGAUCUUGGGGCUCAACAGGACCCUGCCAUCUGUGAGCAGGAAAUCAGAGUUCAUCCGAGAUGGCCGUCCAUGUCCUAUCACUCUCUGGGACUCAUCUUUAUCUCCAGCAAGUAAUGAUACCCAUUCUUCAGUCAAGCUCACCUGGGGAACUUAUCAGCAGUUGCUGAAACAGAAAUGCUGGCUGAAUGGCCGGAUACCCAAACCUGAAUGGGGCUGCACUGAAAUCCAUCACCAUGAGUGGUCUAAGAUGGCGCUCUUUGAUUUUUUGCUACAGAUUUAUAAUCGCUUAGAUACAAAUUGUUGUGGAUUCAGACCACGCAAGGAAGAUGCCUGUGUACAGAAUGGAUUGAGGCCAAAUUGUGAUGACCAAAAUUCUGCGACUCUAGCACACAUUAUCCAGCGAAAGCAUGACCCAAGGCAUUUAGUCUUUAUAGACAAUAAGGGUUUCUUCGACAGAAGUGAAGAUAACUUAAACUUCAAAUUGUUAGAAGGCAUCAAAGAGUUUCCAGAAUCUGCAGUUUCUGUUCUGAAGAGCCAGCAUUUACGGCAGAAACUCCUUCAGUCUCUGUUUCUUGAUAAGGUUUACUGGGAAAGUCAAGGUGGUAGACAAGGAAUCGAAAAGCUUAUUGAUGUAAUAGAACAGAGAGCCAAAAUUCUUAUCACUUACAUCAAUGCACAUGGGGUCAAAGUGCUACCUAUGAAUGAAUGACAUAAGGGUCUUCUGUCUACAGUGCUGGAUAUGUUUAUGCAUUUUUGUUUGUUUUGAAAUCAAGUACAUCAACCUCAAGUCCUCCUAGGAAUGAAACAGUAUAUCUGAAUAUAAAAACAUAAAAUUAAUUUAACCUGAGCACUAUAUGCAGAUUUUAAAUGGUUUAAAAAUGCAUACAGCUCAAAAAUAUUCAUUUAUAUUUUUGUCUAACAUGGCAUG